UAUACGCAGCAGGGAAGUGUAUGUUGCAGGGCCAGUGUGAAUCGCUCUCAGCAUCCGGUCUGUACUCGGGGCUCAUCCAUUACCUGGCGGCGAACCGACCGCGGGACACGGCUGGGAGGCACAUUUGUCAUGGGACUGGGUGAGCAGUCUCUGCAAGGAUGGGCGUCCUGGCUGCUGUUUUGUCUGCUCAGGAUGGCUGAAUAUGGCGUCCAUGGUGAGCGCUCGGAAAAUGUCUACCUUUCAGGGCUCCCGCAGGCUUGUGGAGGGAUUCCUCAACAGAUCGUACAGCCUAGCGGUAUCAUCACCAGUCCGGGCUGGCCUAUAGAAUACCCGUCAAGAAUAAACUGUAGCUGGUACAUCCGUGCCAACCCUGGAGAAACCAUCACUAUCAGUUUUCAAGAGUUUGACCUUCAGGGAUCAGCUACGUGCAAUUUCGACUGGUUAUCUAUAGGUCCGUCUCAGAAUUCUGAAGGGGCCAAGGCGUGCGGUUCUACCAUCCCAGUGCCGUAUACCUCCUCACAGGACCACGUAUGGAUCAAGUUUCAUGCAGAUGACCACAUCUCGAGAAAAGGAUUCCACUUAUCUUAUGCUGCAGGAAAGAAAAAAUGUGAACGGAACAGAUUUCGCUGUGACAAUGGAAAAUGCAUUUCCGAAACCUUAAAAUGUAAUCGCAUGGACGACUGCGGAGAUGGUUCCGAUGAGAAACUAUGUGCCAAGCUGAACCACCCGACGGAGGCGUCCUUUCAGCCCUGCGCUUCUAACCAGUUCCAGUGCCUGUCGCGUUUCACGAAAGCCUACACCUGCUUGCCUAACUCCCUGAAAUGUGAUGGGAACAUCGACUGCCUGGACUUGGGAGAUGAGAUUGACUGCGAGUUACCUACUUGUGGGCAGUCCCUGAAAUACUUCUACGGUGCAUUCAGCUCCCCCAACUACCCUGAUUUCUACCCCCCUGGCAGCAACUGCACGUGGCUUAUCGACACAGGAGAUCGCCGCAAAAUUAUCCUGCGUUUUACGGACUUCAAGCUGGAUGGCACCGGCUAUGGAGACUACGUAAAAAUUUAUGAUGGGUUGGAGGAAAACUCCCGUAAACUUUUGCGGGUUUUAACCGCUUUCGACUCCCACGCUCCCCUUACUGUAGUCUCAACAUCCGGUCAAAUCCGGGUCCAUUUCUGUGCCGAUAAAGUCAACGCAGCCAGAGGAUUCAAUGCGACGUACCAAGUGGACGGCUUUUGCCUCCCCUGGGAGAUCCCCUGCGGUGGUAACUGGGGCUGUUACACCGAGCAGCAGCGCUGCGACGGCUACUGGCACUGCCCCAACGGAAGGGAUGAGCUGAACUGCUCCAUGUGCCAAAAGGAUGAAUUCCCUUGCUCCAGAAAUGGGGUCUGCUAUCCGCGGUCGGACCGCUGCAAUUACCAGAACCAUUGCCCCAACGGAUCAGAUGAGAAAAACUGCUUCUUUUGCCAGCCCGGAAACUUUCACUGCAAAAAUAACAGAUGCGUCUUUGAAAGCUGGGUGUGUGAUUCGCAGGAUGACUGCGGCGACGGCAGCGAUGAGGAGAACUGUCCGGUGAUCGUGCCCACACGUGUUAUCACUGCGGCAGUGAUUGGCAGCCUCAUAUGUGGGCUGCUGCUGGUGAUUGCUUUGGGCUGUACCUGCAAGCUCUACUCUCUACGCAUGUUUGAACGCAGGUCCUUCGAAACACAACUUUCACGGGUAGAGGCUGAUCUAUUGAGACGAGAAGCCCCGCCGUCUUACGGCCAGUUGAUUGCUCAAGGGUUAAUCCCUCCAGUUGAGGAUUUUCCGGUGUGCUCUCCAAACCAGGCAUCUGUUUUGGAAAACUUGAGAAUUGCUGUACGCUCUCAGCUGGGAUUCACAUCCAUUCGACUGCCAAUAGCCGGCAGGUCCAGCAACAUCUGGAAUAGGAUUUACAAUUUUCUACGGUCCCGAAACUCUGGUUCUCUGUCUUUGGCAUCUACCAGUGGCGAUGGUACUACAAGCCAAGGAGCCAGUCAAGGAGAUAGAGGCAGCGCCCACAGGGGACUCUUCUCUGUGGAGUCUGAUGAUACCGAUGGGGAAAAUGACAGAAGAGAUGCUCAAGGGGCUGUUGGCGGUGUUGCUGCUCCUUUGCCUCAGAAAACUCCUCUUGCUUCCGCUGUGGAAGCGACAGUGAGCGGAAGCGGGAGCUCUACUACUCCAGCAUCUAACAGUAGACCAGCAGACAACAUCAGGGAGACCCCUGCUCCAGAACCUCCAGUUGUAAGUCCAGCCCGACAGCAGCUCAGCAGCGCCCUUAGUAGAAUGACUCAAGGUUUGCGUUGGGUGCGCAUUGCUCUCGGGAGGUCAAGCUCUGCAGGUCAGAACCAAAGCCCCCUGAGGCAACUCGACAACAGUGGAGCUGGAAGAGAAGAUGACGACGACGUAGAGAUGUUGAUUCCAGCCUUAGACUUUGACCUUAAUGACUGCACUAGGCCGUUACUAGAUCUUGCCUCGGAGCAGGGGCAGGGACUUGCACAGCCUAGCGCAACACCUCAAGGAGCGAGGUCCUGCAGUCGCGACGGUCCUUGUGAGUGCUGUGGUAUAGUCCACACUGCUCAGAUCCCAGACACCUGCUUGGAAGCGGUGCUCAAGAAUGAAACUAGCGAUGACGAAUCCUUGCUUCUCUGCUAGGCACACACCUGGCACUUGGGAAUCGUGUUAUGGAGCAAUAUCUAGUCACCAUUUUGUACUUCACAGAAACCAACUAACGCUUGGGAUCUUCAGGCCGUAAAAAAAAAUUACAAAAAUAAAAUAAAACACAGGAACCAGUUCUGCAUCUUGGCCCUUGUGGUUUACCACCAUGAGCGUCUGCGGAGAUAUUGGUGGAUGAUCCAUGAGCUUUUGACGGUACAGAAUUAGUCUAGUUUACGCUGUGUAUUGAUUCGUUGUGUAUGUGAGUAGCAGGUACAUGCACCCGAACACGAGCGGUAACGAGCGAGACUUUGCUUUGGGUGUAACGCAGCGAUCCUCUGGUACAAAACAAAAAUCACAAUUUCAGAAUUUGAACCCGGAUAAAGUGUUUUUUGUUUUGUUUUUUUUCUUAUUUCAUUUAUUGAGUGUUUUCGCUUUGUUAUGCCUUAUUGGUGUAUAUUAUUUUGUACGGGUCCUGUCAGACUCUCAGACCUCAGUUUUUUUUUCUUUUGUUUGUUUUUUUUAUUUUCCAUUUAAGUGUUUUAAAUAUAUAUAUUUUUUUCUUUAUAAUUGUAUAUUUGUAAAUGGAACUGUCACCGAAGUACAGCUCAGACCUUUGUGCGUGUUUACCGAGUAUGUAGUCUACAUAUUUGCUAGGGACAAGGCCACCAUGUUAAUAUUUACGGGCUCCCACAUGUAUUAGUGGCUUAUGGUUACCUUGUGAAAGAAUAGAUUACAUUGUUGAAUCAGACUUGCCGUUUCUGCUGUCCUGAGCGCCGGGGUCCACUUGGGAACUCAUUACUUGAAAUCACAUAUCAGUGGGCGCCUACAGCUUACCUGGACAUUACUUCCAGAUGUGUAGAUUAGUAGCCUUGCUCAGAAAAGAAAAUAUUUGAUCAAGGUGCAGUACCUCCUCUUGUCCAGCGACGUCACUGUUGUGAGCUGUAAAGAAGGUACAGUAUACAGUAAACCGGUGUAUAAGGAAGGAAGGUCCUUUAAAAUCAUGUAAAAACUCCAGACAAAGGAUUAAAAUAUAUAUUUUCAAGAAUAUUCUCUCUUACUGAAAACCUUUUCUUUUUCGUUAGAGGGGAUGUCUUAACUCCUCCAAGCCCUGUUAAAUAAAGGAGUUGUCCAGGGCCUGAAAACCAUGACUGCUUUUUUUUACAAAAACAAUAGCUCAUGGGGUUGUCUGGUAUUGCAGCUCAGUUCCAUUAAAAUAAAGAGGGCUGAGCUGCAAUUCCCCACACAACCUGUGGAGAGGGGUGGUGCUGUUUGUGGCAGAAAGCAGCCAUGUUUUUUUGUUUUUUAAAUCCUGGACAAUCAGUACAAUAAUACACGUAGAGAUCAUGUAUUACUAAGCUUAACAGGGCUUGCAGGAGGUCACACAUUCCCUUUAAAAGGCUUGCUAUAGGGAAAAUUAUUUUAAAAAAAUAUAUAAUUUUUUUAUUUUUAUUUUUUUAAAAUAUAUUCUCAUUGGAGCUAUGGUUAAAAGGGAAUGUCAUUUUUAAAGGGCUCCCGUUGCCUGGAUCUCCUGGCGAAAGUCAUAUUGGUGGCGGAGCCCAUUUGGCAGCUAGUAGAUCCGUUUGCAGGGUAGAUCACCUCUAGUUGCUUAGGAACCAUACAACUUGCUGUGUGGUUGACCACCAUUUCCAUAUGUGAUGCUGCAUGCGUAGAAGAGCUCAGUUCUGCCUCCUAGGAGGAGUAUAUAGGUCUGUAUUUGGUGGCUCUCACAGAAGAAGGGUAUAGAUCAUUUAAAAUGCAAGAGACGAGGAGGAAAAAGAUCUGCGUUGUCCUUCUUUUAAGGUUGUGCUAACUGUUUAGGGCAGCGGUCAGCAACCUCCGCCACUCCAGCUGUUGAGAAACUACAACUCCCAGCAUGCUCCAUUCACUUUUAUGGGAGUUCCAAGAACAGCCAAGCAAGUGUGCAUGCUGGGAGUCGUAGUUUAACCACACCUGGAGUGCUGAUCCCUGGUUUGGGGUAAGGUAUGAAAGAACAUUUUUGUAGCAAGUAAACAUAGCCAUGGAGCUUAAAGGGAUUUUAGCAUAUUAGAUGGACUCUUUCUUCCAAAAUCAGCACCACGCCCGUCCAUAGUCUGGGUCUGGUAUUGCAGCUUGAAGUGAAUGAGACUGGGCUGCAAUAAUGCACGCAGGUGUUCCAUCGUGUUGUGGAAGAAAAGAAAGCAGUCAUAUUUUUCUAAUACUGUUACCACUUUAAUAACCAGACCUCCCCUUAAGUUCACGUGUUAGCAAAUAAUACACCGUAUUUUUCACCCUAUAAGACGCACCCCAAAGUAUGGGGGAAAUGUCAGUGCGUCUUAUGGGGUGAAUACUAAUGAGCGCGUCCAUUAUGGGAGCACUCAUUAGUACAGGAAGACUGGAGAGCGGUGAAUGUAGCGCUCUGUACUCGCCGCUUCCUUGUCUUGUCCUGCAGGGUGCCACACGCUGUGCUGUAACCUGCAAACAGCGUGAGGACAUCGACACGCUCUCUGACCUCAUGCUGUGUGACGUCUGGUCGCAGCCAUCCUUAGCGCUCAUUCAGACGCCCGUAUGUGUUUUGCUGUCAGCCAAGAUGCUGAUCCGUUUUUUUUUUUUUGCAAACAGUUCAGUGUGUCCACAAAAAAAAACAUUGCAUUCCGCAUUUUUGCGGACCUAUAGGCUUCAAUGGGGCCACGUCCUGAUAUUUACUGACAAGUAUAGGACAUGUUUCAUUUGUUUUGUGGGGCCGUGGAAUGGAAAAGGACUGUGUGCUGUCCUUAUCGUUUGGGGCCUCUUAGAAAUGAAUGGAUCAGAAGCGGAAAGCAACAUACGGCUGUCUGAAUGAGCCCUUAAGAACACCUGUCCCCACUCCUGACAUGUCUGUUUUAGAAAAUACUUGAAAUAAUUACAUUAUUUUUUAAAAAUGUUUUUUAUUUACUCUUUUACCUAUCAUUUGUGAUGUCCCACUGUUAUUCCUGCUAGAAAUGUAUGAAUAAUUGACAACUGGGUGUUAGCAGUUGACGGACUGUCAGUGCACAUUAUGACGCUAUCCGAUCGGUGUCACUGUGUAGGGACACACUCCAUUGGCGAAAAUAACACCCAGUUGUCAUUUUUUCUCUCAUCAAUCUCUAGAUGGAGAUACAAAGGAACAACUCUGCUCUGAGAAAAAUGAGGAAUGCAAGUAUUCACUAAAACAGAGAUGUCAGCAGAGCAGACAGGACUUCUUUAAGGGGGGUCCAUGGCCUGAGGCUUGCGCUGGGCCAGUAAGGUUAAUCACCAGGGCUACCUCCAUGGUCCUCCAUGGUGGAUCUCCAUAACCAAGGGCCAUCAUGGCAGGUAAUACUUCAGGGACUGGAGUAGUAAUAAAUCCUGGAUUACUUAAUUUAAUGGGGUGAAGAAUACCUACGCAUCAGGGAAAAAUGGUUAUACUAAUUAGAAAAUUCACCAUGUCAUGGUUUACAAGAUCCAGGCCUAUUGGGGUCAUAUUUCAGUGUUUGCCCUACCGAAUAUUAAAGGGGGAAGACAAAAUUGUUGUUCUCGCCACUGGUUAGGUGGCGAGUAUUUGAGAGCCUUCAGAAUAUGCAAAGAGGUAUCUCCCAUGGAAGAGAACCAUCUCGCUAGCACCACCUCGUGGAACUGGUGAUCGACUUUCCAACUUGAUCAGGGGGCUCUAGCCAAGCCAGAUAUCCAUUCACUUCCUAUAGGUGGUGCUGGUGAGCUGUUUUUGUUUUUUGGGAGUUACUGCUUUGCCUAUUCAUGUCCUUGGAGCGUUGCCAAUAAGUCUCCAUACCAUGCAGUAGAUAUACAGUAAAUCUGUAUUUUAUGAGGGGGAGUUGAUCUCCGUACAUCACCCUUCAGGGGCCUCCUGUAUAGUGUUAUUUGUCCCCUCGGCGAUUACAGGAGGCAAUUCUUUGCUAGUCAUAGAAGCUUACAUAUUGUUUUAUAUCAUUGUCUAGGAGAUUUGACGUAAUCACACCUGGUCCUGUCAAUCAAAGUGCAGAGGGCGCAGCAGUUAGAGAGAGCAGAGCCUCUAGGUGUAACGGCAACGCCCCCGUUGCUCUUAGAGUCUCAUUUGCAUAUAAUAAAACAUCAUAUUUCUCAGCAAUGCGGGCACAUAGGAACGUGGGACCGACACAGAUGUCUUCAGCUGCACAUGUAACAGGCCAGCCAGUGUCACAGAUGCCCUUAAAGUAACAAUUUUGAAAAGCCAUUGGGGAUCAUUUACUAACGACUGACAUUUCACACACCAGCCUCAGUAAGAAGCCGGCUGGUGAAAGAUGUGAACAGUUUAAGGAAUUUGUCACCCCUGUGAUGUCCAUGCACCAGAAAUCGGAACCUACACCACCUAGGAGCGUAGAUUUCCGUUAUAAUUUCCACCAGUUUUCUGGUGUAAAUUAUAUUAAAUGCGUCAUGCCAUAUUGUGUCCCCAACCCCUUUAAAAAGUGUCAGUCUGCAUAAAACAUGUCACAAUUGUUGCACAAAAUAGUUUGUUCCAGAUUUUUGGGGGUUUGUGUUUUUUUGGGGGAUUUUUUUCCUUUCAAAAACCUGAUGUAAAUCCUUCAUAAAUGACCCCCAUCGACUUUUAGGGGGCGGGUAGGUUAUGGUAUCUGUAAGGUAAAGCUUUGGUCUCCUGGUGGAAGAAUAGAAAUGGUUAUCCCAUUAAUCGUUUUCAUACCAAAAGGCUGUUUAUAACCAUUUUCUAAUAAUCUGCAGUGUUUAUAGCAUAAAGUACCCUUCUCAUAAAUGUUUGUUUCCAUGUGCCCCCUUGGUGUUGCUGCUAAUCUGUGCUGCUCUAAACAGAAUCUGUCUCCUUCCCCCUCUGGCAGCUGAUAAUAUAGUCCUUACAUGCCCCACGGAAGGAGUCUUCUCAGCUAUACUGCCAUGCUACUGCAAAGGCUGUCUAGCAUCAUGGCGGUAUUUGUCGGCUGAUCCGUAGUGUGGGUCGCCAUGGACCCAUACUUUGAACACUGGUAGCAGUUGUUCCUCCCUUAUUCAGUUGCAUUGGAACUUUGUAAUCAGGCUAGUGCAAACGAGCGCCUAUGGAUGUUCUCAUCAAUCAGCGCUCGCAUUGCCAUAAAAGUUCUGUUCUCCCCUCACGACCGAAUCUGUGAUGACUUCUGUAAUCAGGAUGGUUCCACCGUUGGGCGGGCCCUCUUCUGUAUAAUAGUACUGGGCAUAUCUUACACGGGGAAGCCCUACUUGCAGUUUCCAAUGAAGGGAAAGGAAAAGAGAUUACUAUGCAUUGCCUUGAAUUUUUAAGUAGGUCUUAAAUUUUUUUUUAUUUUUUUUUUGGGGG